UUUAUUCGGUUCAAUUUGGCUAGAUUUUUAGAUAACCUAAAAUAUGAAAAACCGAAUAAACCGGACCGAUUAAACCGAGAAAACCGAACGCCGAGGGACGAAGAAGAAAGAAGUAAAAAGAAGAAAAUCGGAGAAGAACGAUGCGACUGCGAUCUAGCUUGGUCGGAGAGAUGAGGUUCGCCGCUCAGGUCGGCGGCGAGAACAGGGAGCGAGAAGAGGAAUCUAUUUCUGAGAUUGAUGUGAUUGCACCUACUAAGAUUCUUCAGCAAAUCUUGAAGGCACCUCACUCGAAAUCUCGUGUCUCAGUAGCAGUUCAGCGAGCUGGACAUACUGUCGUCUUAAAUCCCGGGCCUGAUGUUGCAGAGAGUGAGAGACUCAUUGGGAAACGUUCAUUGGGCGUUAGCUUUCAGAACUACGCGGGCUUGUCACCUGUUAGCCAACAGGUUCCAACGUUAUCCUGGCUUGAAGCUUGGCUUGAUAAUGUAAUGGACAGUGUACCUGAGCUAGCAAUUUGCAAUCAUCUGAACGGUGUUGUCCAAGGGUAUGAGCUUCUACCAGAUGGAAUCUCUGGGGAUGCACCUGCCGUUGACCCUAAUGUUGUUCAGCAAAACAGCCUUGCUGUUCUAAGGUUUCUUCAAUCCAAUUGCAAAAAGGAUCCUGGUGUUUACUGGCUCUACAAAAGCGCUAGUGAAGAAGAUUUGCUUCAACUCUUUGAUCUUUCCACUAUUGCGAAGAACCAUUCCUCAAGCGCAAGCUCAUUCCCACUAGUUGUUCGAGCAUGUGCACACGAGCAAUUUGCAAGGUUCAUUUUGAAUAAUGAAGAGGAGUUUGAUUUAACUGUUGAGGCUAAUAAUGUGCGACGCAAAGUCAAAGUAGCAGACUUUGAUCGUGUGGAGGAAUCCCUUGAUCGUGUUGUGAACUCAGCUUCAGGUACUAUUGGUCCUGUAUGCCAAGAUCGUGCGCCUUUGACUGCAACCAGUUCAAUUUCAUCGCACCGAGCAGCUGUUCAACAUGUUAUUCUGGCUAUAAAGUCUCUCACGGGGACACGGCAACUAAUGUCUUCAGACCAGGAAGUUAAGUGGCUUCCAACAUCUACACUGGACAGGAAAUUGUGGAGUCUCGUUCUGCUUCUUGGUGAAUCAUAUCUUUCUCUUGGGGAAGCUUACAAAGAGGAUGGACAGUUGCUCGAAGCUCUGAAUAUCGUAGAGCUAGCUUGCUCCAUUUUUGGAUCAAUGCCACACAAGUUUGGGGAGAGUUUGUUUGCAUCUGCCAUGUACACGUCUUUUUCACGGCUUAUACAAUUCGGAAAGUUUGAGGAGUUGCUGAACCACCCGACCCCUUCAACAACGCAAGACUAUAUUAGUUUCAGGGAAUUUCCAUCAGUACGCAUCUUUUGGGCUAAGGUAUGGUUAAUGGUUGGUGAGAUUCAUGUGAAGUUUCAAAUUUCUCCUUUACCUGAGGGGUAUGAAGUAACAAAGAAAGAAGAAAUGCCGUUUGAGAUUUUAGAGGAAGUGGACAAGCUCAAGAACAAGUUAACGGCACACAGUAGAAGAUGUCAGUUCUGUUUGCUAGUAAAUUGCACUUGUGUGGCUCAGAAGAAGAACUGGGGCAAAGGUAGGGGUGGGAUAUUUAAAUAUCUCACCAGGUCUUGCAGAAAGAAACCUGUUGGCUGCAUUAGACUGUUUCCAACAAACUCAAAGAUCAUUGAAUCCAAGCGACGGUAAAGAGUUGCAAUCUCUUAUCAAAAGAAAAGUAUGUGUAUGGGGUAAAAUUGGUCAACUACAUUUGGAUCGACAAAAUUAUAAAGAAGCAGAAGAGGCAACAACUAAUGCUAUGAUAGCAUUAAAGGAGACUGACGACUCUGAAUUUGCUAUAGUUACACUCCUCAACUCUGGCUUUUCCCGAAGAAAGCUGGCCAAUGAAAAGAAUAGUUCCCUGCACCUCCAUCAAACGCGGCGGAACAAAGAAGCAGCUUUGAAGUCUACAACACUGGAUUUUGUUGCCUCAGUUGAGUUCUACUUGGCAGCAGAGAAAGAACUCCUUCUUGCCAUAGAGAAAGGUUUUGUUGUUCAAGAAAAGUUGAGAACUGCAGUCUACAUUGAGCUUGGGUAUGCAUAUCGCUGUCUUGGUAAUCACUUGGACCAAACAGUCACAACCGCCACUGCACCUCAUGUACUAAGUAGCAUCUCCCAGAGCAUUGAUAAUUCUUCUCCUGGUCAAUUAUCAGCCAUUGAUGCUCUUAGAGGGGCACUAGCUUCGUACGUAUAUCUUGGGGAAGCUGGUAAAGUUGAAGUCGCACGGGCUUGCGGUGAGUUAGCGAGGUGUCACAAAAAUUGCUGCAAAAUGUUUUUGGUGAAAAAUGUCAUCGAGAAAGCCAAUGAGCACGCUCUUCUGGCAGAUGAGAAUUAUCAGAGAUCAUUGAACGUUUUAGGCCCUAAAAGUGAUCCCCGCACGUUCCUUUAUAUCCUGUUAGAGUAUUCGGAGAUGACCUUCCAGUUUCAACACCAACCAAACUUUCUUCAGAGGCUGGAGUCGGAUUUGUCUCGUUUUCUUGAAGGCUGUCACAUUUCGAAAGAAGAUGAGAAAGAAUUAGACAAGAAGCGUCUCUCGGCUUUUUGGUUCCGGCUGCAAGAGAUUCUGAAGAAUAUGGUCUUAUUAUACUCAAAGACAGCAGGAGAAGCAAACAAGUCUGCAAUACUAAAAAAGCUGUAUUUAGCAUCACUCAAGGCAACAAGCCUUAGUGACUUGCAUAGCAUGCAUGCAUCGUGGACAGCCGGAUCUUAAGGACACUCCAGGUCCAUUGUGUCUUCAUUUGUUUCCAUGUAUUUAUUCUUACCUUAGCGUCUUUUAGUUAUUCGAUAUUGUGGUCAAGUUUUUACCCUGAAGUUCGAAAUAUCUUCUCCUACAAUUUGGUUUAA